AUGGAUAAGGUGCAGAUCGACUUGGACAACACCAAGGUGCCCAAGCAUGUUGGCGACGAGCCCGCUCGCAGCACAUCGACUUAUUUAAUUCGGCAUAUAAUUGUUGUGUUUUUUGAAGACGAGUCGCUGAGCGAGUCGCUGAGCGGCAUGUAA